CCAGAACUAGGGGUCACAGUUUAAGGAUAAGAGGGAAGUCUUUUAGGACUGAGAUGAGAAAAUAAUUUUUUACACAGAGAUUGGUGAAUCUGUGGAAUUCUCUGCCACAGAAGGUAGUUGAGGCCAGUUCAUUGGCUAUAUUUAAGAGGGAGUUAGAUGUGGCCCUUGUGGCUAAAGGGCUAAAUGGAGAGAAAGCAGGGAUGGGAUGCUGAGUUGGAUGAUCAGCCAUGAUCAUAUCGAAUGGCGGUGCAGGCUCGAAGGGCCGAAUGGCCUGCUCCUGCACCUAUUUUCUAUGUUUCUAUGAGAAGAAGGCAUAGCCCAAUGAUAAAGGUUGCCUUAAGAAGGCAGCUUCUAUGUAAAUGCUUUCAGUGGAGGGAGGGCUGUGCCUGUGAUGGGCUUGGCCGUCCAUCACUCUCUGCAGCCUUUUGCAUUCUUGUACAUUAGAAUUGUCAUACCAGCAGUUACUGACUUUCGUAGUAAAGCUGCGUACCUUGUACUCCAGUUCUUUCCUCAUCUAUUUCAGGUGCACUUGUUUUCCAAAGAGAAAAUGCCUCCUUAAAUGUAUCUUAACAUUGAAAGGUAUUACUUACACUUGCUUUCAUUGAAGUUGAUUUGCCUAUUAUUUGACCAUUCUGCAAAUGUACUAAUAUCUUGCAGUCAUUCAUUACCCUCUGCAUUAAUUAAACCAACUUCCUCCCCCCAAAAAAAAUGAUGUGUCGCUGAAAGUUUUUGUACUGCAAUUUGGAUUUCCAUGCUAAUUAUGCAACACAUCUACUGGACCUAUUAUGAUCCUUUUUGUUCAUUUUGUGGUCUGACCAUUGUUAUGAAGUCACUAUUACAUAAAGCUGUUUGAGACUCCAACAUGCAACUCCAUUACCCCAUGUACGGUUUAUUACUAUUUCCAUAAUCUCAUUCAAUUUCCUUUUUGAUAUCUCUGUUCACUGAUUGGCUCUAGCCUGAGUGGGAGGAAAGUUAGAAGUGAGUCAGAGGGGGAAAACAGUUGAAAAGAGAGGCAUAGCACAGGCAGACUUUACUCAGAGCUCCCGUGGAUUUUGAAGCAACAGCAACAAAGAGAAGCAGGAGAAAGCACUAAUUGGCUCUAGCCCGAGUGGAACGAGAGUUAGAAGUGAGUCAGAGGGGGUAAACAGUUUAAAACUGAGGAAUUUGGUUUGUAAAUUGGCAAAUUAGGCAAUCUAUCAGUCAAUGUAAGCAGGAUGCCUCUUAGGGAGCGGCAGUGAGAAAAGUGCAAGUCUUUGGCGAGGAGUCUGAGGAGACGAGGCUAUGCAAAACGCUGGAGAGGCAGAGAUGAAAGAAGGAGAUGUCAAGCAAGCUGAUUCAGCGUGAUGCUUGCAGUAUGUGGGAGGUCAAGGGCAUCGCUGGUGCCUCUGGCUGCUACAAAUGUGAGAAGUGCAUCCAGGUACAGCUCCUGAAGGACCGUGUUGGGGAACUGGAGAAACAAGUGGAUUACCUCAGGUUCGUCCCAGAAACGGAGUGGAAUAGGGACAUGUCAAUGGCUUGGGGAGGGAGCAUUGAAAGUUCAGAUUAGGUCCAUGGCUUCAGGUUAAGACAGUUUGAGGUUGACACAUGCAACCAAAUUGAAAUUGACCACAUUAUCAAUACAAUGAGGAUAUAAUUGUCUUGAGUAAUGUUGCUCUUUCCCGUUUUUCUUUUUCUUGCUACCUUAUGUCAAUUGUCAAUUGAGCAUGAUUUACAAUUGAAACAAUUUGCUACUCCUUUGUUUGCAACAUAGUUCCUCUCUUUUGCUUACACAUAUUUAAUAGAGUCAUGCAGCAUGGAGCAGGCGCUUCAGCUCAACGUCCAAUUUGCGUUCAUCCUAUUCUCUUUAGACGUAUCCCUCGUGUUUCAGAAUUGUUAAGCAAAUGACCAACAAAAGCAUAAUGUAUCAAGCCUAAAGAAUGCAUAAAAUGCUGGAAUAGCUCAACGCCCCUGGCAGCAUCUCUGGAGCGAAGGCACGGGUGACGUUUCCAAGCCUAAAUCUGAUUCACUAGGGUUGAAAGAAAUGUCAAAAUGUAAAGGUUGUUUUUGUUUAGUUUCACCCUUUCUCCUCUCCCUCAACAGCAACGUCUUAGCUCGCGUAUUUGGGAUGUGAUUUGCUGCUUUGUGACGUUUGACUGUUUGCUGAUGUUCUCGGAGGAAGCGAAAGCAACAUUGGAAAUAUCAGCAGAGAUGACCGAGGAUGUUUUCCAGAACUGACCCAUGGUCUCAAUAACGGGACAGAAUGUAGUCGCCGCUGGCAGUAGCAAAGGCUAAAGUUUGCUACUGUCUUAACUAUUUGUCCGGUCCAAUGUGCGUUAAAGUUGUUAAGUUAUUUGAGCAGGUUGGGGAAAUGUGGUGUCCAAGUUAAAGACGGGGAUUACGCCAGCAUUGUUUGUUUAGUUCGUGGUUAAAGUUUUUGUGUCUACCUCCAUAGCAACCCAAGUCGACACACAACUGCUGCUCUCAUUGGGCAACUCCAUCAUCACCGAUGUUCCCAGCUCUGAGUUGUUCUUUUUGCUGAAAAUUACAUGUAGUUAGUUCCUGCCACCAACCUUCCAAAGGAAGAAUUGAAAGCUGAAAUCGCCCGUCUCCUAGUUCCUUGUUUUUGUUCUGGGGGGAGAAAAACACACGGCCAAGGGUGAACUUGUGUUAAUUUCGUCCUCUGCACGUCUUCGCUGAUGGAACCAGGAAACGUAUCAGACAAAUUGACAACAGAGCCUCCUGAUAUAAUCGUGGAUGAAUUUGAAAACUAUUUGUUAACUGAUAAUCUCCUGGUGGAUUAUUUCAAUAUGUUCCUUGAUCUGCUGCACUUUCCAAUGCCAAUGUGGUUCAACAAGGUUACAGAGACCUUUGAAAUUGUUGACAACGCGAAGAAAGAUCUGUUGAGACAGUUAAAAAGUAUGGUGCAUGCCCUUGAACCUGCUGACCCCAUCUACGAUGUAACAAUUCAAUCUCGAAGAAACUCUUCUCAACCAGAACAAAAAAUCGCAAAUUUGGAUGAAAAAUUUGAUGAUAAAUACAUUGUAAUGACCCUUGAUCCGGAGCAGGGUAUGGUAUGGAUAAAAAAUGAGAGGCUUCCAGCGUUCCUUCGGAGUGACUGCUACUUUGAUUACAGGCUAGCAAAGUUGCUGUCUCAAGUAAAAUGCGGGCCGAGACUUGGCAUGCAUCAGAUAGAUCCCAUGUAUCGCCCCUGGGCUGUGGAAAGAAAAGAAAGCCAAGUUGAAGAAAUGGAAACUGUGGAAAAAGAAGAAAAAAUCCAGGUUGAAGAUGGUUUUACAGACUUCAAAUAUUGGGAUGAAAGUCCCCUGAUAUCAGUGCAGCUUGAGAGCAGCAUGUCCAAAACGAUUACAGCAAGUGCUUCCGGCAGCCAGACUGAAGUGUCAGAGGCUUAUCCCACUGGAGUUUCAGAUGUUGAGAUCAAAGAUAAAUCCUUAGUGGAUGUAGUUUUGGAGGAAAUAGAACUUGAAAAAAGUCAUAUUACAUUAAGCAAAGUAAAGAUUAAAAGUGAAGAAAGUUGCACCAGCAGCUUUUCAAGACCCAGAAUUGUGGAUGACACCGUUUCUGAAUCUAUUCCUGAUAAGUAUUUGGACGCAACAGAGAUAGUUUCCUUUCAACGCACUCCAGAGACUGAAUUUCUACUUGUGAGCGAAGAGAAGCCAAAGGUCAAAGAAGAAAUUGCCCCACGUGGCAAAAUAACAGGCCGUAAAGAGCAGAUCACAACUGAUGAAGCAACAAGUCAGAGUAUUGAGGCCAACUUGCGCGAUGAAACAAAACAACAUUUGGAUGGGAAUGCACAACUAGACUCUAAUGUUUCUCAAGCUGCCCAAGAAAAUGUAGAGAAUUCACCUGCAGUGAAUAAUGUAAAGAGUCAAGGUUUAUCUAAAGGCUUGGGAAAUGGAAGUACAGUGUCCGAUUCUUCUAAUGAAGAGGAUGAUAUCAAAGGUUACUGCUACGUGAUGCCACAUCACAUUUAUAAUUUCGAGAGCAGAAAUGGCAUUGAAAGAUUCCAAGAGUUUCUUCAGGGAACGGCUGGUGAAAAGUACUGGUGGCUAUGGAUGGAUAUUGAACGACUAAAGGCGACCAAGGAUGGAAAAAAGAAGCAAAGCUAUCUGAACAAGAUACGGAGCCGCUACUUGUUCAGUGGAGGUGAAUACUCUAUGAACGUUGAGAUACGUGCAAGACUAGGCCUGUCAUUUAUCUCAGAGUGGACUGUGGAACAAUUGUGCACAAUUCAGUCAGAUAUAGUGGCACCUCUGCUUCUCUAUUGGGGACCACGGUAUUGUAUUAACCAAGGAUAUUCAAUAAGACAUGCUGGAAUUAUACUGAAAGAUUGGCAAGACCGUCAGCUGAGACCUAAAUCUGAUGUCGGCCCAUUUCCUAUCACACCCUUAGAUCAAAUCCAGAUAGUUUGCCUUCCUAAGGAGAAAUGCCCAUCUAAGAAUCACAACCUUCAUCCAUCCCAAAGAAAAAUUCCAAUAAAAAGACAAUCUCCAAGGAAGAGUUGCCCUCAGAAUUCAGUCGACACCCCUCGCAUUGACCAAGAGGAAAAGGAACAUUUUCUCCCUUCAAAUUGUGAUACUUUGACCCAAAGCCCAAAAUCUAUGCAACCUUUUGAAGAUCUGGGAUUGCGUGAAGCAAAGGACCUCCGCAAUUUAAAGAUGUUAAUGCAGAUCACAAAAUAUCAUGAGGCGCUGUGUGACCACAAAAUAGAUGACCUGCUGCACGCCCUACACAAUGAAAGCAGAACUGGAUUCUACUUCACUAAUUUCUGUAAAGAAACAGGAAACGAGCUAUGGAUUAAUGGUGUGGACUUGUGGUUUGAGCUGAAGGAAUAUCAGACACUUUUUUAUGCGGAUAUCUUCCAACCAUUUAAGCUCAAGAGACAAGCGCAAUUCAUUUUUGCUACAUACACAGUUGAAGGGGCCCCUGCAGAUGUCAAAAUAGAUAUUGAAAAUAGGAAAAGCAUCUAUAAUAAACUGGAGCCGCCGUUUGAAGAACUGUUUGAUCAGUUAGAAGAACACAUACUCAUCUUGCUUUUGGUUCCUUGGAUGAAAAUGCUUGAUAUGGACAACACAAAAUAUGAAAAGGUGGAGUUGAUAGAUGAGGUUCGACAUUUAGAUUCAAUAUAUAUCAAAAAACUUCGGGAACUGCAAAGGAAAGUUUUCCCCCACAAGGAUUUUCCUACUCCAAUCCCAUCAGCCAUUCUGCAAACUGCAGGUGAUCUGAAAAACACACCCAAUUGGAAAUUGGUUCCUCUGGAAUUUCGUGAUUACACAUUCGAAGGUCUUUUACGGAAUCGCAUGCAACUUGAACACUUCCAGGAAUUCCUUAAAGAUAAUUUAGCGGGCAUGGAUCUCAAGUGCUGGUUGGACGUUGAGGCAUAUAGAAAUAUCUAUUCGGGAGAAAAGAAAAUGCGAAAUGAAAUGUCCAAAGACAUUAUCAAAAAAUAUCUGAAUCAUAAGUAUUUCUUUGGACCCACAAGCCCAGCCACAAAGGCACAACAGGAAGAGGUGGUGGUGUUGGCUGGAGGACGGGACAAGCUGCUGCAUGACCUGUUGUCUUUGGUGGUUGGAACUGAGAUGCAAAAUUAUGCAAAAGCACGUUUGGAAAGAAAAUGGCUGCCCAAGUUCCUGGCUUCAAAAGAGUUCGCUGAGAGGCACCACAAACGGGUACAAAUGGAAGAUGUGGUGGAAGACCAAAUGUUACAGAAAAGUAGGAAGAAGCGGGAAUUAAUGAAGCACAUAACAAGCAAAUGGGCCACCUCUUCGAAAGAAAUCAUUGCAUUCCGUAAAGCAUUGUUAAAUCCAGUAACAGUUCAGCAGUUCCAGAGGUUUGUGUCACCGAAGGGAAAUUUAAUGGAGAAUAAUGUGGUGUUUUGGCUCGAGGUUCAAAAGUACAAGGUAAAUAAUACACAAGAUAAUAGCAUCUGAUUAAAAUGAUUAAGCAAUAAUAACUACUGUACUUUCAAAUGUCUGAUAUUUAUCUUGAAUCAGUGAAAAUAUUAUUUUAUAAAUAAUUCUUUGAGGUCUGGGAGUUACUGGUAAGAGCAGCAUUUAUGCCCAUCUGUACGUUUUCCUUGGUCAGCCUCUUUCUUGGUU